CCCAGGGGAUAAACUGUUGGCUCAGUUCGGAAGCCAGUCCUACGUUAAACAGGCUUUCAAGAGUUGGUAUAAGGCUAAUCACAGGCCCCCUCAGUCCCAAAGAUGGAGGUGAUGGACAUGCCUAAGCGCAAUUCACCCGUUUCACAACCCACCGCUGUCGCAAUGGGAUCAACAUCUCCUCAUCCAGAGAAAAAAGCGUCAGAUGCCCCAUACAUGGUGGAUGACGACUUCCCUGGAGAUGACGACGACGACGAUGAUGUUUCCAUAUCGCCUAUCUCUGAGAGAGCACCUCCAUGGUCUGGAACUCGCUGGGCUCGUUUUUUCCCCGAAUUGUCCUCUCACUUCUCCUUGGCGUCCCCCACUAACAGUACAAAUCCGCCCUUUCCGCAACCUCUCACGAAGGGUCCGCCUCAUAUUGACGGUCCUUCACAGCAACCAGAGAGAAGAAGCAAAGGGCCUUCAUCUCUGUCAUCUGAAGAUGUGGCAGAUAACAGGUCAUCAAGCUACACCAGCAGGUCUUCCUUGACGAGUCAGGGAUCUGAAGCUACAUCACCAGUUCAUAAACUGGUGGAUAGUCUUCACAUAAAGUCGCCCACGAAAGCUGGCGUGUUUGACGAGUCAAAAUUUGCGCAUCAAAUUCCUCCUCCGUUCCCGAGCCGCUCUUCGAUUGCUCAGUCCAAAGACAAGCCUCUCCCUCAGGAGCCUCCCAUUGAGUUGACUCCACUCUCAAUCCGCCAUAAAACACCUCAAAUUCCUGAUAGACCCGGAUACCUUAGCCGGUUGGACCCUCCGCCACGCUCAAAAAGGCAUGCAAGUCAUCAUCAUCCGACGUUGUCGCAGGCGUGCACCGAUCUGGAGAGGACUCUAGCCGGACUCACUGAGCAACAGCACAGUCCCGCGCAACUCUCCCCUCGCAGUCCUCUUCAAAUUCUAGACGGGCCUUUGCAGAUUAGUAGAGGCAAUAUGGACAUGGUUGCUACGCGACCAGCCCCUCGACCCCCUGCUAGCGUGCAUGAUAAUCGUCAGAUCCACAAAGCCAAGUCCCGCGAAGAUAUGAAACAGACAAAGAAACUACUCAAGAACAAGCCGUCCUUUUCCUUCACAGUACCAGCUUUCGGUCGGAAACUGAGUCGUGUCCAUCAUCGAUCCACUAGUAACACCAGCUCCAAGUCGGAACCUGAAUCCUACAGGGCCAGCGUCUUACAUCAGCCAGCUGUCGCAGAACUUGGAGACAGCGAGGUCGCUGAGUUACAGGGGUCUUCAGUCAUUGGUUUUCGUGAGAGACCCUCCUCCGCUGGCGGAGAGAAGGAACUUCGGAUGAGGCUUCCCCGCCUUCAGACAAAGGAAAUGGGGGCCCCCGGUCGGAAAAGAGACAACAUCCACAGCACUCAUGAAGGCCCUGAGCAGCUUAGAAGACCAAACGGCAGAGCAAGGGGUGCUUCUGUCGGAGAGAAGUACUUCGUAUCGUACAGUAAGCUCGAUGGUAUGCCGGUACAUUCCACUCGUCAACAUCAACCAACUUCGCAAACUUCAGGUAUGGUCUAUGAGCUGGAGGGUGGUUCCACACAACCGCCCGCUGAGCUGCAAGGCGAUACCACCAGUCCGAUCGAUGUGGUGCCUGUCAGGAUAUCUGUCGGUGUAUCAUCUGUCGGGGCAAUGCCUGGCACUUUGCCCGACCGCGUUAUACUAACGGUCUUGGAGCACAUCACCUCCCUUGACGACCUUUUCAAUGUUGCGGUAGCCCGCAAAGAUUUCUAUCGGGUUUUUAAGAUGCACGAGUUGAAGCUCAUACGGAUAGCCGUGUUCGCCAUGUCUGCGCCAGCAUGGGAGUUGCGCGAAAUGAGCCCACCAUGGGAUACCGAAUGGCAUUUUGUGCUGGAUCCUGACGCCCCUGUGCCUGAAUACACGCCAAGCUGCUACCUCAAGCGCUAUGCUGAGGAUAUAUACACACUGGCUCAUCUCAAAUCGCUUAUACUAGCUCGUUGUGGGACUUUUCUGCGUCCCGAAACGAUCCGUGGGCUCUCCGGCACCGACGAUAUCCGUGCUGCCGAGGUCGAUGAUGCCUUUUGGCGGGUUUGGACUUUCUGUCGCCUUUUUGGUUCUGGGAAAGGUAGAGAGGGAGACAUUGCGGGACAGUUGGAUUGGCUGAGGGGUGGCGAGGUGGCCAGGAAUCGACGUGUUUCCGAAUUCACUUCUAUAGCCGAUCCAUAUGACGCAAAUAGCGUUUUGUUCGAACCUCCUACCGGAUUUGGGGACGGCAAUAAUGGAGGCCUAUCAAAGGAGCAGCUUCUUGAUAUGACAGAAAUAUGGACCUGCUUAGGUGUGCUUCUUCAGCCAAUGCACGGUAAGUGUACUGAAGCACGAGCAACUGGAGUAUUCGAUGGGCAUGAUGUAGAGGCAAAUGAUUCUGCCAAGGAAGCAGCAGUUCUAGAGGAGUGGACCUACUACAUUCUCACACUUGGACUCUCAGCAGUCUUGGUGCUCGGCUCCAUUCAUCCCUAUGACAACACUACUGCUGUUUUCCAGAGAGCUCAUUCCAUGGGCUUGACAAACUGGGAAGCAUCUGACACUGGUGCGAGCCGUUCGUCAUUCCUGAGAGAGGCUGUGUCGAAAGCUUGUCAGCCACGGGGAAGUAGCACGUCUCAGGCGUCGAUGCGCUCGUCUGGCUUUAGCUCCCAGCCUUCAGGGUCGCAUGAUGUAUCACAGACGUCUAACGUUCGCGGCGAGAGAGAGCCUUCGCCUGACUUCCAUCGCCGACGGCAAGCCGCCUAUUCUGCCCAGUUGAGGAUUCAGAGACAACAGCAGCCAAGUCCGCCUCAUCCUAUGCUCGCUGAAGAACGGCCCAUAUCUCAUUAUGCAACCAUCAUGAGCCGCCUAGAAGGCCUUCCGCCCGCGCCUCAGCCGCCAAUGUCUGUAUCGAGGAUAGAAAUACCGCCUACUACCCACUCUUACAUGACGAAUGUGUCCUAUAUGCAACCCCUCCAACCAGUCACACCAGUGUACUACCCACCACAGGUUCGCGACCCUGUUGACCACGCCAUCGACAUAAUGGUUCGAGAGCUUGGCUUUGGGGAGGAGGACGCCAAGUGGGCACUUAAGAUAACAGACAGUGGUGAAGGUAUCAAUGUAAACGCGGCGAUAUCCCUACUCACGAGAGAACGCAAGACCCAUGAGCAGAGCAGUAGGGGAUUUUCCUUGAGGAAACGCAAAAGUUUUCUCUCCUCGGUCAUCAACAGUCCGGAGUCGAGACAUUCGGGCUGGAAAUGGGCUUGAGCAGCACGACAUUCUUAUGGAUUGUUGUUGCUAAAUUUCAACAUCAAUGACAGCUAGUCUAGUCCUUGUUGUACUUUUUUUUCUUUUUCUCAUGACUACUUUGCAUUACGGGCUGCCUACUUCUUCCGA